AUGGUCAAGGAGAUCGAGCACAAGGACGCCAAGAUUCAAGAUCUGCUUCCCAAAAUCACAGCACGCGAAGUACAGCUGAGAGAGUUGCUGCAGAAGUCAAGUGGUGGACUGUCAAAUCCAGCAGGCAAUCUGUCGGAAGCGGAUCGGGUCAAGGCGGAAAAGCUGGCCGACAAGAUUCGGACCGACUACGGACGCGCAGACGAGUGGAGCUCGCAGAAGGAAGCGCUGAGCCUGCGUCUCUGGCGCGCAAUUCAUGCGCACCACAAGCACUUGAAGGAAGAAAUGAACAAGAUCAGCCCAGCUGUGCUCAGCAACUACUCUUCGACCGCAUCGAUUGGCACGCCGGUGCUUCCGUCUUUGUCUGCGCUUCCUGCAGCGUUGGCAGGUCUCAAGAGUCCCGCGGUGGAGCUGGAUUCUCCGCUAGCGGGUCUCAAGCGCAAGGGCAGCUUGUUGUCGCCAGGCGUUGGCACGCUGACGCCAGGCACACCGAUGAGCGCGGCGGCUCGAGCAAGAGCAGCUGGACGCACGACACCGGUCGAAUCUGGUUCGCCAGCACCGCCAGAACGAGGAUUGGGGGCUACAGUGCGAGGAUUCGGCGCCUCGCGCAAAGCACGCGGAGGCUCGCUGUCAGCCAGUGGGCCGGGUCGAUCAGGACUGUCGCAGAGCACCGAGCUCGGCGGGUUGGCAGGUCUGGAAGGCUUCGAAGGCGAACCUGGCGAGGGCGAGGAAGGCGAAGAGAAGGACGACACGCCGUACUGCUUCUGCCAGCGCGUCUCAUUUGGCGAGAUGAUCGGAUGCGACAAUGCGGAGAACGACCCGGACUGCAAGGAAUGGUUCCACAUUGGAUGUGUGGGUGUCACCAAGCCUCUGCCACAAAAGUGGUACUGCUCGGAAUGCCUGGCCAAGCUCAAGAACAAGCGUCGGCGCCAGUAG